UAUUUAAAUUGAAAUUGAAAAAAAGAGAUAUCCUGAUAAGAGAGAAAGAAACAUAAAUUAAAUAAGUAGCAUCAAUUUCGCUCUUUCCUUCCCAUCUCUCUCGUUACUUCAAACUUCAAACUCCUCAGCGCCUUCUUCUUCUCCUUCUUCUUCUUCUUCUUAUCACAGGACUUGACUAAAUUUUCCCACCGUUGCUUUAAUUUCUGCCUAGAAAUGGAGGUUGCAGUCGACAAAGCCUUGAAACCGAGUUUAAGGAGAGAGUUCAUCGUUCAGCAAACGCUCUGCGAGGAAAUUUUCUGCCUCAACGCCAACGCCGGCGGCGCCGGCGCCGGCGAAGACUUCUCCGUCGACGACCUCCUCGACUUCUCCAACGGCGAAGAAUACAACGAAGAAACAGAAAGCGUGUCCGUUUCGUCGCAGUCGCAGGACCGCGGGGAAGACGAUAGCAACUCCAAUUCCACCGGCGUUUCGUGUGAUUCCUUUUUCUCCACCGAAUUGGCCGUUCCGGCCGGUGAUUUGGAGGACCUGGAGUGGGUUUCACACUUCGUGGACGAUUCUCUCCCGGAGCUGUCACUUUUAUACCCGGUUCGUUCGGAGGAAGCGAACCGGUGGGUUGAACCGGAGGCUUCAGCGAAGAAAACGCCUCGUUUUCCGUGGGAAAUGAAAGUCAGGACCAAGGCCAGGACCGUACGGAGUAGAAACCCUAGCGCGUGGCCGACGUUGGGCCCCUUGCUCUCGCUCCCGUCUUCGCCGUCUUCGUGUUCGUCUUCGGUGACGGAACCGCCCGCUAAGAAGCAGAAGAAGCGGGCCGAGGCCCAACCCGUUGGGGCCCAGAUUCAGCGGCGGUGCAGUCACUGCCAGGUGCAGAAGACGCCGCAGUGGAGGACCGGCCCACUAGGGCCCAAAACCCUUUGCAACGCGUGCGGGGUUCGCUACAAGUCGGGUCGGCUCUUUUCGGAGUAUAGACCGGCGUGCAGCCCCACUUUCCGCAGCGAUAUUCAUUCCAAUAGUCACCGUAAAGUGUUGGAGAUGCGGAAGAGGAAAGGGGAGGCUGGACCGGCUGCCACCUUAGCCCAGGCCCAGACCCAAAUGGUUCUCACCUGCUGAUAUUUCUAGAUUAGAGAGAAAAAAAUUUGCAGAUUAGGUAUACAAAACCCGGUUUGAACCGGUUCGGUUUAUGUAUGAUAUUUAGUAUUUUUUUUAGUUUUAGUUAGUGCUAGCUAGCUAGGGUCAGGUAGUAACUGAUAUUAUUAGGAAUUAGGCAUUGAUUGUUUGUAACGUUGUAUCCCAUUUUCCUAGCGUUGAUGAUUUUAUUUAAUGUAAUACAAACAGUUUUUUCAACUUAACUUGAGGAUUAGAGUUAUUUAAUUAUUAUGAAGACAAUUUAAAUUUU